CUUUGAAAUGCCCACUCACCCGCACCACCCAAAUUGAGAUCACCCACCCAAAUUCUCUCUCCUACAGUCCUACUUCUUUUCCUCACCAAAUCUCUACCUACGAACUCUGUACACGCAAAUUUCACCCAUACAACAACUUCUCUGGUACUGGUAAGCAUCACCCAAAAUACUCUCUUCCUCUCAUACUGUAUCCUCCCUAUCAAAUACUUUUAUAUUGAACCUCAAUAUCAUAAUACUAUUGAAAACGCGCUUUUAUCUAUACCAAAAAGUCGAUGUUUCAUUAAGUAUUCAUCUAUUUGUACUUCAUUUGCCAUUGUACAAUACCUUUCUACAAUUGCUUCUCUUUUCAACUUCAUCGGCGCGUCAUCUUUCUGCUCGCGAUACUACAGCCAGCACUUGCACUCACACCUACUUCCACUCUCUACCAAGAAUAUAUAACUGAUUCAAUUUCAUCGCGUUGUAGAUCAACCACCGCAAGUUACAACUUGAAUAACUCUUGACAUCAAUUUACAUGUAAGUUUCUCCUUCGUUUUCUUCUUUCAUAUCUUUCAAUCUCGACGUCGUGAGGAAGUUAUUACCUUUGCGACUGAAUUCACCUCACAAACCAUUCACACCUCCAUACAAAAAUACACCAACACCUUCACGACGCGCCAUCACUCACAACCCCCAAAAAAUUAUCAUCUUUCCAUCGUCCACUUUUCGACUUCUUUUACUCAACCACAACCACUUUUCAUGCUCAUCGUCGCAAUUUUAUUACGAUCGCGUUAACUUUUCAAUCAACAAUACUGACUUGAAUUCUUCUUAUUUAGACUCAUCUACACAUAAUUCAAUAUGCCAAAGGAAAAGGCUCCCAAGCGCGCUGCCAAAGGCAGAACUGAGAAGAGAAAGAAGGGUAUGUAUAUGUUGACUUCUCAUUUACUGUCUGUCUCGAGAACUUGGUUACUAACUCAUUCUUCAAUAGAUCCUAAUGCACCAAAGCGUGGUCUCUCUGCCUAUAUGUUCUUCGCCAAUGAACAACGUGAUAACGUUCGUGAGGAGAACCCCGGAAUCUCUUUCGGUAUGAUCUGAAUUCCUGAUACUUAUCCUUGCAUCACUAACAUGAUAAAAUUAUAGGUCAAGUCGGAAAGGUUCUUGGUGAGCGCUGGAAGGCUUUGAAUGAGAAGCAAAGAGGUCCUUAUGAGGAGUCUGCCGCUAAGGAUAAGAAGCGUUAUGAAGAGGAGAAAGCCAAUUACAACGUAAGUCAUCAUCGACCUUGUCGACGCUAUGAAAAAUUAGCAUAAUACUAACAAAUACUUUUCACAGGCCGAUGCCGAGGAGGAAGAAUCUUCUUAGAGAUUUUCUUAACCAUUCAAAACUUCAAUCAUAUCAUCUCAAAAUCAAUAGUCUUGAUGGUUACUUUGUACCAAUCUUGAAGACCAUCAGUAUAAAAGAUGAUUUAAACAUACAAGUUGGGAGGUUCUCCGGGGUUUCCAGGUCAUCUUUUAACUACUUUUCAUUUGGGCUGGGGUGUUGUGUUUGCACAGGGGAUAUGGGAUGAUUCAACUUGAGCACUUGUUACCUUUCCUUUUCAUAACUGAUGAAUGAUCUCGUGGUAUCGUUUUUUGCUAUCGAUGGAUUUAUUAAUGGUUUGGUCUGAAUCUGGGUCUGGUUUGGGUCUGGUCUAGUCUAGAUCUAGAUCGGUCUAGAUCUAACGCACGAGAGAAAAGAAUCAUGGUGAAAGUUCUAAUUUCACAUUUUUUCUUUCUUCAUCUGGCUUCCAUAGUAUGCUUAUGAUGAAUGGUAUGAUGUGGAAUUUUACUGGAAAGAUUAUCUUUCUCUCUCGAGGAAAUGAUCUAGAUGGUAUUUUUCAUAUUUCUUAUUCUAUACCCUAUUCAAGCUAUCCAAUGUACCUAGUACCAUAGUACCAUAGUACCCGUAGUACCAGACUCAAUGCGUGUAACAAUGAUGUU